AUGAGAUUACGAGACUAUACCAACGUUUUCCUCAUUGCUCAGCUGGUUCUAACAACAGCAGUGAGUUUAAGUAUUGUUGAAGCCACCAUUGAUGACCUUCAAGAUGCUUUGAGUUCAGGUCAGAUCAACGCUGUCCAACUGCUUGCGAAAUACCUCCAUCGUUAUGCCCAGUAUGACCGCCGGACUACUCGACUCAACUCAAUCCCAGUCAUCAACCCUACGGUCUUUUGGGAAGCUCAGCUCUCUGACGAAUACCGAGCAAGCACGAAUGGAAGCAUCCGCUCCACUGUGGAAGGCAUUCCGUUCACGGCUAAAGACAGCUACAUGAUGUCAGGCUUACCAGUCGCUGCUGGCUCUCCGGCGUUUCGGAACUUGACCGCAACCAAAGACGCGUUCACAGUCGGCCGACUCCGCGAUGGCGGUGCCGUAGCUCUAGGCAAGACUAACAUGCCUCCUAUGGCCAAUGGUGGCAUGCAGCGGGGUGUCUGGGGUAGAGCAGACAGCCCAUACAACAAAGAUUUCCUUGCUGCUGCCAUUGGUUCGGGUUCAUCAAACGGCUGCGCAGCAUCUACUGCCGCAAGCUUGGCGGGCUUCGGCAUGGGUGAGGAGACCGUCUCCUCAGGCCGCGCGCCGGCCUCUAACAACGGGCUUGUUGCAUAUACGCCGUCCCGAGGCGUUCUCUCAAUCCGCGGGAACUGGCCUCUCCAACCGAGUGCAGACGUUGUUGUCCCACAGGCUAGAAGCGUCAAGGAUCUGAUGCAUAUCCUGGAUAUUCUAGUUGCCACGGAUAACGAUACGAAUAUGGACUUCUGGCGGAUGCAGACGUGGGUCGACCUUCCCAGUCCUGAAAGUGUGCGUCCCGAUUCCUUCCUCUCGCUGGCUGACGCCAGCGCCCUGAGUGGCAAGCGCAUCGGCGUGCCGAGGAUGUUCAUUGGCGAGUAUGACAAAGCUGCGCAAAAAGUCUUUGUCGACCCUCGAGUGCGUGAGCUGUGGAACGACGCCCGCGUCACUUUGCAAAACCUUGGUGCCAUCGUGGAGAUCGUCGACUUUCCUGCUGUAACAAACUUUGAGAUAGCUCCCGCUUUAAUUCAAGUGGCCACGAAUUACCCUCUUCCGAGCUACGCCAACGGCACCACCGACCCAGACGGGUUAGAUGCAUAUGCUUGGGAUGACUUUCUGGCCAUGGUCAACGACACUGGCAGUGUCACCACCCUCACCGAGGUUGACGGGGCACUUAUUUUCCCCCAGAUUCCCGGCACUCUUCCCGACCGAUACACCAACGUGUGGAACAACCGAACUACUUCGAAUAUCGCAGCUGUUGAUAAGGUAAAGGCCCGUAACGGCACGAAGCUUCUGGAAGUUCCCGGUCUGGAGACCUUUGUUACGGGUCUCGAGAGCCGCCGCAAGCAUGACCUUGAAGACUGGAUGGACAAUUACUCCCUGGAUCUCCUUGUCUGGCCCUGCCAAGGCGGUGUCGGUCCACAACUGGUGGAAGAUGAAGAACGAGCCGCAGAGCUUGCUUGGCGGAAUGGCAUUGCCAGGGCUUUUGGUAAUGCUGCCAUCCGCAAGCUAGGAAUCCCCACGGUCUCUGUUGCCAUGGGGGCCAUGAGCGGUAUCGGGAUGCCUGUGGACUUGACAUUUGCAGGAAAGGCUUAUGAUGACAGCUCUCUAGUCAGCUACGCCUACGCCUUUGAGCAGGCCCACAAUGGCCGUUUCCCCCCGCCGCGAACCCCUGAAUUGCCUACCGACGCGAUUCCACCCAAGGGGAACACGACCAUCUUCACUGGCCAGAAAGCUCCCAAGGUGCAGGCUGGCGCCUUGCGUGUUGCCGAAAACACCAUUCAGAUCACGGGUAGCAUUGACACAUCUGCGUGCGGUGACGUCGACAUUGAGCUUGAGAUGUACCUCGACGGAGUCGCUGUCGAUUCCGUGCCGCAAGGUACUGACUCGUUCAGCGUCACAGCUAAUAUCACUCUGCCUUCGCCUGGCGUCACCUGGUAUGGAGAAGAGAACGUGCCGAGUAUAGAUCUGGCGAUGGUUGUCGUGUUAGUCACGGCAUCGAACGGUCGUUCUGACGGCAAGAUGCUUUUUGUUUAG